AUGGCGCCGAAUGAGUACUCUUCCGUCGGGUCUGGCAAGCUCAAACUCAAAGGCGUAAAGGAUUCGAAGAUCGACAAGAAAAAGAAAAGAAAGGCAUCUUCAUCACAGCCCAAGGAAGAUGGAGGGGCCACCAGGGAUGAUUUCGACGAUCGAUCCAUCAUGUUGAAGAAAUUGGAGGAAGAAGAUGAGGCGAUGGCGACUGAGGAGGGACGGACUUUGCAGAAGCAGAGAGGCCAGAAGCGGUCCGAGAGCGAGGCGGGGCAAAGAGAAGAAGAGCAGCUAGGAGCCGUGAUGAAGACAGAGGCCGAAAGGCGGUAUGAAGAGCAACGACGGAAAAGGCUCGAGGAACGGCUCAAACGAGAAGGGGUCAGGACGCACAAGGAGCGCGUGGAGGAGCUCAACAAAUACCUCAGCUCCCUGAGCGAACAUCACGACAUGCCGAGAAUUGGGCCAGGAUAA